AGGAAGUGGAACAUGAACAAAAGACAGCGGAAAAGCAAAACGAGAGUACUCUUUAUGACUGGGAUGGCGGGAAACUGGGAAUGUACCCGAUACUCCUGAACUAUAUAAACACCACCCCCGCCACUUUUCCGUUUUUCGCCCUUUUAAAAAACCCCUUAUUCUAGGGCUUCUAAAAAAUUUCCCCUUCUUCCAAAGCCAACAAAAUUUAAAAAUUGCUCUUCCUGCUGUCUAUCGAUUAGUUGAAACCAUUCCCAAAUUCAAAUUUGGAUAUAGAGCUGCCUCGAUUUUCUCAAAUUUCCUCAAAUCACAACUAGGGUUUCUAUUCUCUUCAGUUCAAGCAAAACCUAAAUGGGUAUUAGUAAAGUUACCGAUGAAUUGGUUUUGAUGGUUCGAUCCAUCGUAGGCGCUGAAUACUCAAAUAUGGAUAUAGUUCGAGCCCUGCACAUGGCCAAGAAUGAUCCCACGGCUGCAAUUAACAUCAUUUUUGACACUCCCGGUUUUAGAAAACCUGAAAUUCCCAAAAAACCCGAGCCUUUGAAUCGAAAUUUGAGCCCCGAGCCGGCAACUGCGGCAAAUCCCAGUGUGAAUGGUACUGACGAUCAUGAUAGCAAGGCCAAGAAUCAGAAUUUGUGUCGGGUUUCGGCUUCAAAUGGGGCUGUAAAGGCUAGGAUAGAGGAUAGUGAGAGAGAGAGGAAAGUUGAGGAUGCGAGGUGUUCGAGCUCCAAUGGGUGUUCGAGUUCGAGUUCAAUGGGGAGUGAGUGGUGGCUCGUGGGGUGUGGUGAGGUUGCAGGGAUUUCCACGUGUAAAGGAAGGACUCUGAAGCCUGGGGAGGAGGUUUUUUUCACAUUUCCGGUGGAGAGAAAGUCGAGUUCACCUUCUCCUGGAAAGUCUGGGGGUGGUCGGGGGCGGCAGGUGUCUUCUUCUUCUGAAAUUGUCAGA